AGAGAUCUAACUUUACACCAGUCAUUGGCAGUAUUUGUUCCCGUGCCCGCAGCUUUGGUUCGUCUAUCAUCGUAAUCGAAAGUUUGGUGUAAGGACUAGUUUACUAGAUAACCGAUAUUUGUGUUUUGUGAGAGUGCGGCCGCGCUGCGUAUCAAUUUGGGGACUAACUGGAUUCGUAACCGAGGGAACCUAAUGCUCCGCUGAGAAUUAUGUCGGAUACUGAUGCGGGAUUACGAUCGGUCACACGUCAAGUCAGCUGACAUAUUGCGCCCUGCUACACCGCAACAGCUCUUGGUUCCUCGGAUUGAAGUAAUAUCGAGCGCGAAGUUGCACGCACAAAGAGCGAGAAAGAGAGACGGAGAAAAGGAAAGAAAGGAAGCGAGACAGAGCUAUUUGGUAAUAUUUCGUUUUAGCUUUGGCGGUGAGAGAGAAAGAGCUAUUUGUUUUGGCGGAGAGAGAGGCCUCCUAAGAGACAAAGCCAACGCGCGCAUCGCGAGAGAGUGGCCAAAGCGAGAAUUGCGCCGCCGAGAUUUAUCAAGCAGAGGCUCAGAAGGGAAGAGAGCCUUCUCGACCGACGGUCGACCCAAUCGGUCGUGGUAAACUGCUACACGUCGUCUAACGUGUCUCUUAAACACACGACAAGGAUAGACAAGGGGAGCCCACUUAAAUGCCUCGAACGAAUUCUUACUCCAUGUUGUGCGUUGGUUGCGACACGACUGCGUGUUGGAAAGUGAAUGUAUGGUGACACGCGGUCGUGAAGGAGCAACUGGAGAGCGAGCUGUGGCAAAAGAAGCUUAAUUAUCUCCCAUUUAGUUGACUGCAACUUGCUCGAUAUUGUUUCGAGUGAUUGCAUAUAGGAUAAAACUAAGGACUUUGUUCAAUCAUUGAGGUUUUAUUGGGAUAAACAAAGAAAAUGGAACGAGAAUCUAAUCCCAUGCAAGCUCUGUGCCGCAGCGGCUGUGGAUUUUAUGGCUCCCCAGCCACAGAUGGCCUUUGUUCUCUUUGUUACAAAGAAAACCUAAAAAAGAAGCAGCAACCUCCUGUGUCAGCUGCCACCGUACCAACAUCACAGACCGUCUCUGGUAACGCUGGCACGUUGCAAGGCGGUUUUGGUAGUCCUGCAGCUACAGGAACUACAGCCCAACCUACCAUUCCUACCAUACCUCAAUCAACGACAGAUCUGCCCAGCUCCAAAGAAAUAAAUAGGGAAGAUCAAGAAAAUGAAGUAGGUGUAAGCAGUGGAGCAGUAGGAGAAGGAUCUGUGAGUAGUGGGGAUGCAGACGACUGCUUCGAUGGCAAAGAGACUGACAAAGAAUCUAAGAAGAAGAAAAAUCGUUGCGUCGUGUGUCGCAAAAAAGUUGGUUUGACGGGAUUCGAAUGCCGUUGUGGAGGACUGUUCUGCUCUGUGCAUCGAUACAGUGACAAGCACGAUUGCAAGUUCGAUUACAGAGAAAUGGGCGCUCAAGAAAUUCGGCGCAACAAUCCAGUUGUUGUUGGUGAAAAAGUGCAAAAAAUUUGAACUAUUUAGUGCGUAGAUCGUUGGGAAAAUGGUUAUAUAACUAUAUAAACAAAGCAGAAUAUAAAACAAAAAAACGGAGAAAAAAUGAGAUAAAUUAUCUGGCAGCUGAUUGCACGUCGAGGGGCGAGACGGGUGAAUGCGAAGAUCGUGAACGAAAGGUAGCAGGGAAUUAGUAUGAAAGAGUGAGAAUGAGGGAGAGAAAGAAAAUUGUAGUAAAUGUGUUAGAACGAGUAAGAGUGAAAGUUGCGAGCUUAUUGUGCCGGUAGAGAGGAAGAAAAAUACGAGAGAGAAUGGAAAAUUUAAAAGGAAUACAAAAAUUGGUUAUACACGAUAUGCAAAUAUAAUAUAUAGAAACGCCGAAAAAAGAUAUAUAGACGAAAUUUUCCGAAGGAAGAAUGAAAAAAACACAAAUAAGAAAGACUAACGCGAAAAGUAAAAAGGAGAAACAAACAAAGAAACAAAUUAGAGUGCGUGCCACGUGUACGAGUGCUUCGAGAAAAUUUUUGGAUGCUAGUGCCAUGUCAGAUUGUCAUCUUAAGCCAGAGUUCUAAUCGAAAAUAUUUUUGGUUCUAACUGCUGCGCGCUGUCAGUUUAUUAUUACUAUUUACCUCUUAUAUUAUUUACAGCUUAUUAUUAUUUUAUCUUAUGUUUAUUAAUUUACUUUAAAAAAAAAGAAAAUGCAAAAUUCGCGUACGUGUUUGUUUUUUUCUUUUUUUUUCUUUUUUCUUUUUUAGAUAUUAAACUUUAGAGAGAAAAAAGAACACGAAUUCUUGGUGCGAUCUUGGUCGGUUUUGUUCCGAGACGUCUCAUCGGGGAUCCGGGUUUUUGAAUUGUGAACGAGAGAGGGAAAGGGAGAGCGAGCGAGCGAGUGAGCAAGAAAGAAUGAAUAAAAAGGAAAUUUUAUAUGUAUAUAAUCUAUAUUUCUGUUUCGUUCGUAAUAUCCAAAAAAUAAAAAAAAGGGAUUGUUGCUUAGGUAGUGGCUGACGUUGAUGGGUGAUCACAAUCCUAGGUUAACAAUUAGUCUAAUAAUUAUUAAGUAUAUUAGUCUAUUGAUUCAUAAAUAAUGCAAUGAAGUAUAAGUAGUACUGUGUGUUUAUGUCCAAUUUCACGUGAAUAUAACCAAGCAUUAUUCCUUAUUAAAUAUGUUUCAAACUAUAUUGCAAAUCAAUUAUUUACGCCAUGCGUUAAUAAAUAUCUUCGCUGAAAAGAGAAGAAGAAAAAAGAACAAAAUGGCGAGCUCUGUAAUGAUUCUUCGUCUGAUUCCCCGAAUGAUAAUAUUUCGAGAUUAGGAAAAAAAUUAGGUUGUGUCACGUGACUCGUCCAGUCGGUUUUCUCGUUUCUCUUUGUGUCUUCUAAAUAAGAUUUCUAGUAUGUAUAUUGGUGCUAAAAUACACUUUGUACGAUGAAACGUUUAAAGGCCAGCCAGACAUAAAUAAAAAAAAAGGAAAAAUAAUAACGAACGAGAGGCCCCUCGACGAAGGGACGACUAUCGGCCCUGUUGUACUCGAUUGAUGAAAGAAACAAAAAUUUCUCCGUCUGUCUUUAACCAUUUUCUUCCGUGUUGCAAUACUUUUUAAUGAAAUGAAGAAGAAAUCUUAAAAAAAUGGAAGAAAAAACACGAAAGAAACGUACGUUUCAGUUCUUUUGUUCAGCGUGUCUCUUGAUUCUUAGACUAGGUCGUAGCUGAGAAAGAGAGAAAAAAGAAGUUGCUGUAGGUGUUGAGUUUUAUGUCGCUUCUACAAACAAAAAAAAACUGAAAAACAAAAACUGUUGCACGAAGCAAUUUGUUGUAAAAAAGAAUAAAAAUAAAAAAAAAGAAAAGGAACAAGGAGAAUAAAAAUUUGUCCUUGUUGCUUCGUGAGUUUUCCAAAAACAGAAAGAGUUGCUUUUCCCGCGUAUCGUUGUCUUCUUUCGAGCGUGCGAAAAAAGAUUCGAUAGUCGUCACACUGGGUCUUUUGCGAUUUUAAAGACAACUAAAUUGGGAGAAAGGAAGAAAUUGAGUGAGAGCGAGAGCGAGAGUGAGAAUGUAAAGGGAGAGCAAGAGAGUAAGACGAAAAAACACCACACUGUGUAUCGUACCAUCAUGUUUUUUUUUGCUCUGUCUUUAAGAAUAAUUGCGUUUCGUUGUUUUUCUUUUUUUUUUCUUUCUAAUAGAUUGUUGAUCCUUCGUUCUUUUUAAGGUUUUGCGUGAUAGCCAAUCUAGCGAUAAAAAAGCUAUUAAAAUGAAAAAGUCGUCUUUAUGAGAAUACAAAGAAAGAAGAAAAGUCCUUGUAUUGAUACGUUAAAUAGAAUAAAGUGAAUCGUUCUUAAUUUCA